AUGGAUUUGGACACAAACUGCAAUUCAAGAAGCAAUAAAGCUAAAAAAAAAAUUUCAACGCCGCAGAAGAAAUGCAGCAGAGAAGGACAGCUAGAGCUUGGUUCAACUCGUGAAGUCAAAGACACAACUACUGUGCAACCACUUGAAAGAAGUCAUAUUGAGGAACCAAGCUGGCCACAUUUUGCAGAGGAAGACUAUAUUGUCUUCUGCUUUAAGGAGGACGGAGAUUUCGACGUUGUGAAGGAUGGUUAUAAUAAAUCAGAAGCAUCAAGUUGCAUAGAUUGCAGAACGAGAAGUUCGAGGCCUGUGAAUCGGAAGGUUAGUGAGAAGGGAUUACAGCUUCAUUAUGUUGAAGAUACAAGAACAGUAGAAAGGUGCAGAAAUGAUGGUGAUUCUAUCAUGUCUGAUCAGAAGCAUUAG